UUAAUAUAGCUACAUAUAUGUAUUAAUUUGUAGUUACAAACAUUUGAAAAGUAAAGUGAAUUCACUAUCCAAUACAAGAGAAAGUGAAAACUUUUGUUUAAGUCUGUUUAUCAGUCCUGCAUCAAAUCGGCACCAACUUUGCAACCGAUAGUGUCGAAACUGAUCAACGAAUAAAUUGCCACAGUGUACAAAAUGUUGCCCCUGUUCAUAGUUACUACAAUUUUGGUGUAUUGCGAAGCAACUCUCGACACAAAUACAGUUCCACCUUAUGUAAAACAAUGUUUCGAAGGCGAUCCAAAACUUAUCGAAUGUUUCGAAAGUGCAGUGCAUCAUUUAAAACCUUAUUUGGCAACUGGUAUUCCAGAAAUAGAACUUCCAACUGUGGAACCGUUUCUUAUGGAUGAAUUGUCAUUGUCCUUGACAACAGGCCCAAAUGGUUACAAAGUGUCUUUGAAAGAAAUCGAUAUUUUUGGAGCAAGUAAUUUCACCGUAUCAAAAUUAAAAUUGAGUGAAAAUGGAAAGCCGUUUGAAGCCAAAAUCCAUUUACCUCUGUUACGAAUAAAUUCAAGAUACACUAGUAGCGGAGUACUUAUUAUCGUACCAGCAAGUGGUAAUGGCACAUUUAAUGCUCAGUUAGAGGACGUUAACGCGUUUGUUAAAGGAACGGCAAGCGUCAACGAAAAAGAAGGCUUAAAAUUUCUUCACGUCGACACUUUGAAUGUCGAUUUAAACGUCAAAAAUAUUAGGAUGUCCGUGAAGAAUAUUUACAAGAACAACAGAAUUCUCACUGAAGCAAUAAAUCUAUUUUUGAGAGAAAAUGGGCACGAGGUGUUCAAAGUAAUGAAACCUCAGUUAAGGAAAAAAUUGUCUACGUUGUUUAUGAGUAUUGCCAAUCAGUUGUUAACACAUCUACCAAUCGAAGUGUUUUAUGUACCUUUAUCUAAACAAAAGAAAGCGGCUUAAGGCUGUUAAACUAUUUUUUGUUUAGAAUUAGUUCUACUAGUUGCUUUAAACACUAUAAAGCGAGUGACUAAUUAUGCUGGUUUUUUCUUGAUGACUAAAUGUUCGUCAUCGUUAGUGAAGUUGGUCUACUUAAAAAGUAGCUUCUUGGUACAAGUGAACAAUUAAAUUCAGUGUUUUUAUUUAUUACGGUGCACCACAGGCUUGAGGUAGUUUUAGGUACCUAUAUUUUAAACACACUGUUAAAUUUUAAUUUUUGUUAAAAAAUUAUACUAUUUGUGUUA